AUGUCUACUAGUACCAAACUGAAGAAGGUCUUCUAUGGAAACAUCAUCUACUCAAACUCCCCAACGGACUUGGUCGUGUUAUCGCCAGGCUGUAUUGGCAUCGACCACACCGGCACUAUCGCCUUCCUAGUCUCAGAUAAGGAUGCUGAUCUCGUAAAGCUCAAGGCCCAGUACCAUUUCACUGAUGCUCAAGUGACCACCAUGACCAAGGAGCAAUUCCUCAUUCCCGGAUUCAUUGACACUCAUAUUCAUGCCCCACAAUACGUCUUUACGGGAACUGGUUACGAUCUUCCGCUGCUGCAGUGGCUAGAAAAGUAUACCUUCCCUCGUGAAGCUGCCUUCAAAGAUGAGGAUUAUGCUCGAGCUGCUUAUAUUCGAUGUGUUGCCAGAACUCUGAGAUGUGGGACAACCACAGCCUGCUACUAUGCCACCAUCCAUGUUCCAGGGUGCAAGAUUCUGACCGACAUCGUCCACCAGAUUGGUCAACGAGCCUUUAUCGGCAAAGUCAACAUGGACAGAAACUCUCCCGACAAUUAUCGUGAAACGACGGGAGACUCUAUCGAGGCUACAACCGAGUUCGUGUCCUGGUUACUGGAGCGCAAGGAUCCAUUAAUCACUCCAGUUAUAACACCUCGUUUCGCACCAUCAUGUACUGGUGACCUCAUGAAAUUCUUGGGGGAGAUCUCUGCCAAACAUAAUCUACCAAUCCAAACACACUUGUCUGAAAACACUGCUGAAAUCAAAUGGGUGUUGGAUUUGCACCCAGAGUUUAGUUCCUACACUGGCGUUUAUGAAGGCUUUGGUUUGCUAAACAGUCGUAGUGUAUUGGCUCACUGCGUCUACUUGACACCCGAGGAGAAGGUCUUGAUUAAGAGUGUCGAGGCUGGAAUUUCACAUUGUCCUAACAGUAACUUCUUGUUACAAUCCGGUGUAUUGAACGUCCGUCAACUCUUGGAAGCUGAAAUCAAAGUAGGGCUAGGAACCGAUGUAGCUGGUGGAUACUCGCCCUCCAUCUUGGACUCUAUUCGCAACGCUGUUAUCGCGUCCAAAGUAAUCUUUGUAAACACUCGGGCUGCCAAGGAAGAAGCAGAGGCUGCUGGAUUGCCACCUGUAAGAGCAUACGAACCAUUAACUUUAGCAGAAGUGUUUUACUUGGGUACACUUGGAGGUGCCGAAGUUAUGAAUCUAGAUGACAAGAUUGGUAAUUUCUCCGUUGGAAAGGACUUUGAUGCCUUGUUGGUGGAUUUGAAUGCUUCUGGAUCAACAAAAGCCAGUAAUCUCGUAGAUGGCAACAAAUCGGUGGACUUGUUUCCGCAUGACGAUUUAAUCUCGGCGUUCGAGAAGUUUGUCUAUAAUGGGGAUGACAGAAACUUGAUAGAGAUUUAUGUGAAGGGCAAGCAGGUUUCUGGGUCUGCGGGUAUAAUAACAAAGAUAGCAGUGUAA